AUGUCUUCACAUAAUGAUGCGAUAGAUCCUUCCUGGCCACCAGGAACGGUUCGGCUUGAGGAGCUCAACCCCUCAGGUGACUCCGCAGAGGUGAUUCUUGAGCCCAAGCCGACGAAUGAUCCAAACGACCCAUUAAACUGGCCACAAUGGAGGAAGCACCUGAAUUUUGGAUUCGUUUCUUAUUACGUUGUGAUGGUUCUGGCAUUCAUCGACGUCGCAACAGUCACCUGGGGCCCAGUGAAUGCAGAAUUGGGCUUCAGCUUCGCCAUACUAAAUGACAGUUAUGCCGCCGGCUGCGGAUCACUAUGCAUCGGCGCUGUGAUUCUCGUACCCUUUGCCCUCAAAUUCGGAAGACGACCAGUGUAUGUUCUCAGCACUGCCGCUCAGCUUGGAAUCAGCGUCUGGUCUGCGAGGAUGCAAAAUAUCGCAGAUCUGAUGCUGGUCAAUAUUCUGAGCUGUAUUGUUGGAGCCUUGGCAGAAGUUUUGGCUCAGAUGACUGUGGCAGAUGUCUACUUUGUUCAUGAGCGUGGUAUGAUGAAUACUAUCUAUUUCUGGUUCAUGACAUUCGGAACUACUCUAUCACCGCUGGCUGGCGGUUACAUUACUCUGUCUCAAGGUUGGAGGUGGGUGUGGUGGUGGAUGGCCAUUCUUUUUGGAGUCGGCCUGGUCGUUCUGUUUUUCUUUUACGAAGAAACUAUGUUCUACGCCGAAGCCAUUGAUGGUGUUGCUGUCCAAGACAAGUUGGCUCCAGCUUCCAACUGCGACAAGCAUGACUCCGAAGCACUACCCCCGAAAGUCAUUGAUAACAUCCACGAUGGACAUCAACCUGAAGCAGUCCAGAUUGACUACUCCAUUCCCAAGAAAAGCAAGUUGAAGAAACUGGCACUAUGGUCGAACUCACCCCUACCACUCGGGCAACUAGUCAAACACAGCUACCAUCCAUUCCAAAUUAUGUUCAGCAUUCCCGCCGUCUUCUAUAUGGCGCUCGAGUACGGUAUCAUGACUGCGUGCACAACAGUCCCCGUGACCACACUAUCUUCUGUCAUGACACUACCGCCCUAUAACUUCGGAUCUGCUCAAAUUGGGCUCAUGGGCCUUCCUCCAUUCAUUGGAACUAGCCUUGCUACCCUCAUCUGUGGACCCUUGAGUGACAAAAUUGGCCUCUACCUUGCGAAAAGAAACGGAGGCAUCUUUGAACCGGAGAUGCGCCUUUGGCUAUGCCUAGCAUUCACUCCAUUUGUCCCAGCAGGCCUUUUCAUGUUUGGAAUCGGUCUGAACAAUGGAUCGCACUGGCUUCUUCCGGCAUUUGGGCUUGGAAUCAGCGCAUUUGGAGUCGUUCCAGCUAGCAGUGCUGCACUGACUUAUCUUACCGACUCGUACACUGAUAUCAUCGCGGACUCGAUUGUCGGCGUCACUUUUAUUCGUAAUCUCAUUUCUACCAUGUUUGUUUUUGCCCUUUCGCCAUGGUGCGACCGUGUUGGCUUGACGUGGUUUUAUGUGACAUUCGGCUUGAUUGUGGGAGUGAUCAUGCUUGGAAAUAUUGUUUUCAUUUAUUAUGGGAAGGCUUUCCGAGUGAAGUGUGCAGGCAGGUAUCGGCACUUCAGUGCUCAGAAAGCCUUUUGA